CUUCGCUCUUCUACACGUGUGUCGCUGCGUUGUUGCCUUGAAUUAUGGACAGUACUGUCAGGGAGUAUCGGGCUUCUACCAAAGGCUACACUGCUGGUGAGAGGGAGGGCAUGAAUGGAUGUGUGUUGUUUUCAGAAAGAAAACAGAUACCCCGAGCUACAAGUCAUGCCUGUGUUGGUGUGAGAAGUGUGUCUGUGUGUGUUUGGUCAUAUGGUGCAACCAUGACAAGAGCAGCGCUGACCAAACUUCUCAUCCUCGUGAUCCUCGCUUCAUCAUCUGCCUCCCGGAAUUCUUCACAUUGAAAAAAGCAUCAAAAGUCAGCUCCUCUGUCUACCCUAUCGACCCUGUGUGCGAGGAUUCAGCUGAAGAGGGGGUUAAAUGGGAAGAUUGGGGAAAAAUGAAAUCAGGCAAGGGGAGAUGUGUGACCCUUCACAUGAAAGUGGGAGCGAGCCUGUGAAAAAGAAAGUCAAAGCAAACAGCAGAAUCCAGAGAGGGUGGUGAAGAUCUAGAAAAGAGCUGGUUUAUCUGUGAAACAGAUAUGGACAUGUCAGAGUUACAGAGCAACAUCUCAGCUUCAGGUCUAAAUGUAUAUUUUGAGGUGUCACUGAGGCACAAAGAGACACUGAAUCUCACCUUGUUCGGCCACAGUAAUCUGACCGCCUUACACAUCCAACCACCUGAGGAGGAGGAGGAAGAAGAGGGGGUGGAUAAUGACAGACAGUUGAUGGCUUUUUACUGCUGUCUCCCUGUCCCACCUAUGUCAAGGUCAGCCAAUCAAAGCCACUGUCUCCUUUGGCUCUCCAAUCAAACAGUUAUGAAUGUAACAGCAAAGGAAGAGCUGCCAUGGAAACGGACAUCGAAAGGUGAGUGGCGUAGUGCUGUCAGGGUGCUCUGGCUGCUUCUGCUGUGUGUCGUGCUGUUGACUGUUGUCACGACUGUGAUCGGAAAAAUCUACUGGAGGAGAUGCUGUGGCAAUAAGCUAGAGAGGGAACCUGUCAACCUCAGCUCCACUGAUGCUGAGAGACAUGCAGAAGAUGCCAUCUCCAGCGGUAACUCGCCAGGAAUGAUCCUCCGCCCUCAAGGGUCCCGGUCUUGGUCAGGUCUGUCACCCAUUCAAGAAGUUGACCAUCAAGAUGGCAUAGAAACUCUGCUGGAUGGACAUAUUGACAAUUGUUACACAGUAAAUCUGCAUCAUCGUGGCCAUCCAUCCACCUCAGAGGACCAGCCCCGAUGAGAGAGGAGCGCUGCAAGUCCCUGCCUCCUGUGCAGUGAAAAUGAAAACAUCACAGACACAUGAAGAUAGUUAUACAUAUUUAUUUCCAACAUUUCAUCCUCAAACGGUCUAAGUGCACUUAAUUAGAAGGGAAUCUUAAAAUAUUAUUAAAGUGACCAUUCUAAUAAAUGACUGGACUUCCAAAAAUUA